UUCGUGAAUUUAGUCUCCAUCAGAGUGGAGGAUUCGAUCAUUGGGUUAUGAAAAGCGGUCAGUGUUUACUCUGUGAUCGGUUUACGAAUUUUAACGUCACUUUUGGAGUUAUGUACCUUUCCUCCUGAACUAUCUUUUGGAUUUAGUGAUAUUAUUCUACGCAAGUGCUCCUGUAAAUUGUUUUUGUCGCCAUGUAUUCUUCGCGGCGAUCUGGAUUGUUGUACGAAUAUCCGACACGCGUCGAAGGAUGGUUAAAUACUGUCGACAAGGAGGCUCUGGUAGGACGACUGAAAAACAAUAGAUGGCGCCAGCAAGCAAAAUCUCAACCGAUUGCUUGGAAACCAUAUUAUUGUGUACUUCUCCAAGAUGAUAGAAGUUUUACACACUUCCCAACCGAGGAAAUGAGUAUUGGCGAGCGACUCUUUUUGGAUUUACCUCGUGUGAGAUUGGAUGGUGGCCGUCAAGCUUUUCGACGAAGAUGGGGAUACGACAUAGGAGUACCCUCGGUUCCCGAAGAAGAUGAAGAUAGCAGUGAACUAUCCGAGACAACAUCGCUCAGGGAUGAACGCCUGCUACGAUUCUCCUCAAUGGAGACAUCCUAUGAGAAGGCUUGCUCGGAUCGCAGAGGUAGUGCUCCAGCUACACCAGUGCUGGGUAUUCGAACCAUGGAUACUACUACACCAUCUAGGUUUGCUAACUUCUUUUCGAAGCGCUCUUUCAAAAGCAAUCCACUGAAACGAACAAAAAGUGUAACCAAGCUAGAACGCAAAAGAUGUACUAUCGACGGGGACAGUCUGAGACGUACUAUACAACCUAAUCAAGACAAUGUGAGGCGGAAAGAGAAUUCAUUACGAAUAUGGAUAUUAGAAGCCAAAGGAAUGUCAGCAAAAAAGUGUAAAUAUUACUGUGAACUUUGCUUGGACAAGACUUUAUAUGCAAGGACUUCUUCCAAACAAAAGGGAGAAAUGUGCUUCUGGGGAGAACACUUUGAAUUUAAUAGCUUACCAAGUGUUGGAAACAUCUGUGUAAAUUUAUUUCGAGAAGCUGACAAGAAAAAAAGAAGAGAUAAAAAUGUUUUAAUUGGUUCUGUAAAUAUUCCUGUGUCUAGUAUUAAUGGAAAACAUUUGCUGGAAAAAUGGUAUCCUGUUACUACGGAAAAAGGAGCAAGUGGAAAGGAUAAUCCUUCCAUUCGAAUAAAAUCUCGCUUUCAAACUGUAGAAGUUUUACCACUUAUUGUGUAUAAAGAUCUCUUACAAUAUGUAAAGUCUGAAUAUAAAACUUUAUGUGAAAUGCUGGAACCUGCUAUCAGUGUUCGUGCAAAGGAGGAUGUUGCAACCACCCUUAUUAAUAUUAUGCAGAAAGAAAAUAUGACUAAAGAAUUUUUAGCAGAACUAGUUAUGUCUGAUGUUGAAAAAAUUGGAGAUCUUCACUUGACUUUUAGAGGAAACUCUUUAGCUACCAAAGGCACAGAAGCUUAUAUGAAACUUUUAGGAGAUAAGUAUUUACAAGACACUUUGGGGCUAUUUUUGCGAAUGGUACUGGAUUCUAAUGACGAUUGUGAGGUUGACCCCAUGAAAGUUACCAACAAUGCAGCAUUGCUUAGACAGCAGUCACAUUUAAUGACAUAUGUUGAAAUGGUUUGGGUUAAAAUUAUUAACUCUGCUUCUAACUUUCCACAUGAGCUGAGGGAAGUGUUCCAUGAGUGUCGCAAAAGAUUGACAGCUGCAGGAAAAGAUGAACUGUGUGAUAACCUGAUUAGUGCAUCCAUUUUCCUAAGAUUUCUCUGUCCAGCAAUUUUAUCCCCCAGUCUUUUCAACCUCUCACAAGAGUAUCCUCAGGGUAAAUCUGCAAGAAAUUUGACAUUGGUCGCUAAAACUGUACAAACUUUAGCCAACUUCACCAGGUUUGGUGGUAAAGAAAGCUUUAUGGAGUUCAUGAAUGGCUUUGUUGAAAAGGAAUGGAGUACAAUGAAGGCAUUUCUGCGUCAGAUUUCUAGUCCUCCCACCAAAGAGUUCAAUAAAAGAAAUGAAUUUGAUGGAUAUAUAGAUAUUGGUAAAGAAAUGGCUAUUUUGCACAAUUUGCUGACAGAAAAUUUACCUAGAGUAAAUCAAAAAUGCUAUUACGACCAUCUCGAUACUCUGAAGCAGAUACUCGACGGAAUAUCUGCUGCUUUGGGACGUACUCCGAUGGCGAAAAUGUCACUAACCCCAUCAUCUAGCACCAGCAGCACACACACAGACCACAACAGCAACUCCAUAAACAACGAAAACAUAUCUCUGAAACUUAGUGAUCAUUCCAAUAUGAAAAAUGUUCAUCGGGAGAUAGUACAAACGUAUGUUAUGAAUUCUGUCCGUACAGUGAAUGUUGAUACAGAUUACCAUUCCUUGACCACUGUCAAUCAGAAGAUGACACCUGUGACGCAUGCAAAUAGACCUUCGACUUUACCUCGCAAUGCCUACUUACUAGGUAGUGGAAAGAGGGCGGCUUCUGACCUAACAACAUCAGAUGACUAUGUUUUGUGCAGUGCAUUUGAUGCUGACAAGGGUCUCAUAUUGACUGGUAACCCAGAGAGCUCUCGAACGCACAACUCUGAACCGGUUUCUCCUCGUUUUACCAAAUCCUGCAUUUAUGGUGAGAUCAAAAGUUCUGACGAAUUCUCCACACCUAAUCAUCGACACCAUCAAAAGCCUGUGGAUUCUCCAACGAUGAACAACCCGAAUCAUGGCAUUAUACUCUCUAAUGCCAAUAUUAAUGGUACCAACACAGCCUCCAGAAUGCCGAGCAGAGUGCGGGACAAGGAACCUGCUAAACGAAGUGUAUCUUGUAAUGGACAGAGUAAUGAAGACACUGUGAAUACCUCUGCAGAAAUGGAAGUUUCUAACCACAAAGGAAGUCAAAUAUCUAUUAGCCAGCUGUCGAAUGUUGCUUCCUCUGGGUACCAGUCAUUUCCAUAUAGUCAAUCAAGUUCUCCAGUGGAUCCUGAGCUUCAACCAGAUAAGUCUUCUCAAAAUCCACCUUUGGCUUUCAACAAUCCUAUGUAUCAUUUCCAAACUCCAAAUGGUGCAAUAACAUGGGAUCGGUGCAAUCGCCAAAUUAGGAAACACCUUCGUCUAUCUCAGCUCAAUUCUUUCAGCAGUCUCAGUGCUGAAGAUAUAUCAGUCUUUGGACCAAACUCAUUAGCCAAUGCUGAUUCAUCUCUCACAAUGUCAGUUGAUGGAUGUCACUGUCCAUCAAGUUCAUCUUCAUCAGACACUGCUAGUUGCAAUUCCACCCCUCCUUGUGAAAGACGUAGCCUUUUUAAAUCCACAGCCCCUCGCACCAACCCUAGAUACUCAGGAGGAUCUCAUUUAUGUUGCAGUGCAACUAUAGCAUGCUCUCCAAGGUUAGCCACGAGAGCAUUGUCGCAUCCUACUAGAUCUCUUCACUUUUAUCAUCACAAGCAAUGCUUUUCAACCCCAUCUCAUUCUCAUAGGAAGAAAAGAAAUUUAAAUUUAACAUUGUCAAAUCCUGACCAAGAACAAACGACAAAUAUGACUGAAGUUGACAAUAGAAUUACACACCCUAGUACCCCUGUUAAUGAUAACUCAAAGUCUGAAAACAAUAAUGGAAAAACAAUGGAAGAUUAUGAGAAAGAAAUUGAAAAGCUUCAGGAAUCUAUGUCUGAACUUCAAUCAAAACUUCAAGACGCUGAAGACAAAUUGUCCAAACAAGAAUCUGCUACAGAAAAAGUGGUGGCUGAUUGGCAGGCAAGGCUUGAAGCCGGAGAAGAAAGGAUACGCCGGCAACAAGAUGAAAAAGACCAGCAGAUGAAAAAUAUUAUUACAAGGUUAAUAACAGUUGAAGAAGAGUUGCGUCGUGAACAACAGGAAAUGCAAGGUGUUAUAUUUUCAAAGCAAAAAGUUAUUGAUGCUCAAGAAAGAAAAAUACAGACUCUAGAUACUGCAAACACAAGACUUUUAGCUGCACUGGCACAGUUAAAAGAACGCUAUCAAUUACGGAAUGGAACUAUUUCUUCAUCUCCAACAUCUCCUACCAAAUUAGCAGUCAUUGAAAAUGGUGAUACACGCUUUAAAAGCAGUUCAUGCUGACUAUUACCUGAGCACUCUUACUUGUGAGUUUUUUUUUUUUUGUUCAAACAUAUGACCAAAUAUUAGCCGCUAGUGCGUUUUUCACUUUAUUUAGGGCUUCGAGAAGAAGUAAGCAAGUCAUCGUGAACGGGUAAAUUGUCACAACACAUGUGGUCUGUUUUUACUUCCCUGUUUAUUUUAAAAUGCAUGCCACGUAUAUGAACCUGAAAUUGCUGCUAUAAAUUGAUGUGCAGUAGAGCUUGUUCGUCUCAAAUCUCACUAUUAUGCUGCAAUAAUAUUAAAAUACGAAUGUCUUAAUUUUUAAGUAUGUAUGAAAAAUUUUCAAUAUUAUUAAUACACUAUUUUCUUGUAUCUCUAUAGUAUGUACCAAAAAUUUACAAAAACUUUUGAUUUAUUUAUGUCUGGAAUAAAAAAGUUUUGCUGAAAAUGAGAGAUUUCUAAAAUAUAAAAUGGAAAUUAAAGAUGUCUGGAAUAAAAAAGAGAUUCCUAAAUUUUAUGUGGUAUUAUUAAAAGAGAUUAUUAAUGUCAAGAGUUAAAUACAAUUUUGCUGAAAAUGAGAAAUUUUUAAAAUUAUUAGACAAUGUUUGUAGUCGAUUUUGGAAGGGGGUGAGAAACAAAAGACUCAUUAAAAAGAAGAAAAUUUAAAUUUUCACUAAGAAAUACUAUUAAUAAUAUUUUUUACCACAGAAAUAAGUUAUGUAUUAUAACAUACUUGCAAGGAAUAUUAUCUUCUUUUUUUAAUUCAUGUGAAGAAUUCUGUUUAUAUAUUUCAAUAAUUUUCACAAAAUUUUGCCUUAAAUUUCACAACUAGGCAGAAAACUUUUCAAGUUCAAAAACAGUUUUCUCAAUGAGUCUCCUAUCAAACUAUUAUCAACUAAUGUCAUAAUAUCUACAUACUUAUCACAAUAUCUACUCUCUAAUUCUAUUUUUUUUUCUUUAAUAAGCUGUAAAAUAGCCAUGAUAUAUCUCCCUCUUAACUUUUUCACAGAUAUACUGAUUAAAAAAUUAUUUCAUUCUGAGAUAUAUAGAUUUGAAUUGGCAAGCUCUACUUCAAUUCUACUUAUUGAAUUCUUUGUCCUUGUGAACUAGUCUUUAAUUUACUACUACCAAAUAGAUAAAAUAUCUAAAGUUAGAUUUUUGUUCUGUUAUCAUAAAUUUACUAAUGCUUUCAGUUUUGUUAUAAAAUUCUAUUGUGUAUUUGUACGUGCAAAGUGAUUUUAUUUUGUACAUAUCUAUAUAAAUAUAUUUGUAAAUAAAAUAUGUACACUCAUUAUUUUAGUAUGUACAUUUGUUUCAUUUAUGGUUGUGAAAGUUUUCCUCUGGAUUUUCCCUCACAAAAUUAUUCUUUAAGAGUGGUAUGCAACAUUUAUAACUUAUGCUAUUUUAAAAAUUAUUAAUUUUGAACCUCUUUAACUUUUCAUCAUUUAAUUGCAUUGUAAAAAACAUUGAACUUGAGCACAUGCUUUAGAAAAAUGUAAGUAAACGUGAGGAAAAAUGUGCUAACUUUAUUUUUAUUUACUUCAUUUUUCACAUUUCAAUUUGCUUUAUUUAAUACUACUUAAAAAGUCAUCUUAAAUCAUAUUUAAAAGUUUGACAUAAACAAAUCAUACAUCCUAAUAUAUUCAUUUCAUUUGAAUAUUUUGUGAUGAUGAUAGACUUAAUAUUGCAUUUUAUGUUAUUUAAAAAUAAGUGCUACUUUCAUAAAAUAAAAUGUUGAUCCAAAAAAUUGGAACUUUAUUCAAAAUUUCAUUAUCUAGUCCUCAAAUAGUUUAUCGAAAAAUUCGAGACUGCAUUUACUUUGUAUUAAAAAAAAAUUUAUUUCAGUGAAAAAUUAAUAUGUAAAUGCUUUGAAUGUCUUCAUUUGUUUUGUAUUGAAUACAUUUGUAAAUAAUCAUAUGUCAUGAGUAUUAGUCAUAAAAAAGAAAAGUACUAUGCAAGCUCUGUAUUAGUAAAUGACGUACAAGCACACUUUUAAUGUUCCCUCAAUCUAUGCAAUACAGUGUACAGAAUUGACUGUAAAAUAUUAUUUGUCAUACCAGUGAUAACUUGUUGAAUGAGAGAGAUUUGAUGAAUGUUACUCAAACCCUUUUUUAUACAAAUUAUUUGCAUUAUUGUUCAGUAAAUGUAGCAUAUACAUUAAUGUAUAAAAUUGACAUUUGAAAUAAAUUUUUUGAAAAAUA